AUGAAUAGACAAGAGAAAAAUAAUACGAAAGCACUUGUUGCAGAACCUUUGAGAGAGAGUCUCUCAUCUGGAGAAAAUACACAUUUGGAGUCCACCACUGAAGGGAUGGUGGACUUUCCAGACUACUUCAAUCAAUUGGACCUAUUAGAGACACAUGGACAUCUGAUACCUAUGGGAACACACAGUAUGUGGCCUGGAGAAUCCGAGGAGGAAGAUGAUGAAGCUGAAAGUGAUUUGGAUUUUAAAAAGAAAGAAAUAGAGUUGAAAAAUGACCCAGCAAGUCUAUUACUCUGGGCAUCUCAGAAAAACCAGGUUUCAAUAGUGAGCAGACUUCUCUCUGAAAAUCCCAGUCUGGUGAAUGUUAAAGAUGAUGACAACUAUACACCACUACAUAGGGCUGCCUAUAGUGAUCAUAUAGAGGUUGUUCGUGAGCUGAUAGCUCAUGGAGCUGAUGUGCAUGCUCGCUCUAUCGAUGGCUGGACACCAUUGCACAGCGCCUGUAAAUGGAACAAUGCAGCAAUAGCCUCAUUUCUUCUACAGCAUGAUGCAGAUAUCAAUGCCCAGACAAAUGGCUUGCAGACUGCAUUGCAUCUUGCUUCAGGAAGUAAAGACACAAAGGAAACAAUUGAAUUGUUAUUAAUGAAUCGCUACAUUAAUUCAGAUUUGAAAAAUAAUUUGCGUGAGAAAGCAUAUGACAUUGCUUGGAGAACAAGUAUUUACUAUUGCCUCUUUGAAAUUACAGAACACUGCACAAAUUCUGUACCUGAGUCUCAAUUAUCUAGUUUAAUGUAGAUCUAUAGUACAACUGUACCAUUUACCAAAAUGUAUGGCUAAUAAUUGCCAAGAAACAUGCUUGAUUCAGAAAUUAAGGCUAUAUUCUGAAGCUUGAAGCAGUAUUUCUUUCUGUUAAAGAUGACAAUUUUUAUGUAUGCAAAUUAGUUGUAACUUCAGAAAAUAUCAUACCAUUUUCAGUGGAAGAAUGCAAAUAUCCUUUCUGUUCAUCAAUGUUUGCAUUUUCUGUUGUGAGGGGUUGCAACCAAUUGUCAUCUCAUGAGAUGUUCAGCUGAAAUCCUGUUUGCUGCUUCAGCUGGACAUUAAGUGGCACGUAGCACUAUCUCAGAACAGCAUUCAACAUCAUACGAUCAGAUUAUCUGGUCAUAAUCACGUUGCUGUUUAAAGGAUCUUACUUGCAUAAAAUGGCAGAUGCAUAUUUACAUUGUAACAGUGACUGUUUCAAAAGUACUUAAUUGACUAAGGCAUUUUGUGACCUGUGUUUGUGAAAGAUACCACCUAAAUGCAAAAUUUUAUAUUACUUUGUGAUCUUACUCCCUUUUCCAGGGAUAGAAAAUAGAGAAAGUUUGAGUUAAUCGGGAAAGUGAAAUUAAGGUCCAAGUAAGGCUAUGGCUGAUCUGACUGAUGGAGAAGGCUCAAGGGACUAAAUGACCUUCUUUUAUUAUCUUCUUUAAGAGACUAUAAGGUUGCUGCUGUGAGAACCAGAAAAUGUUCCCAAAGGUGCUCUUUCAAAAGUGGGGUUGCCAUACUUACCACUGACCACCUGCAGGCAAAUGGAAUAUUUUUGAAGUAUUGACAGUGUUGAAAUGUAGGGAAAUAAAUUGAAUAUUCAAUAGCAGCUCUAGUUUUUUUAAAAUCCUAUUUGUCAUUUUUGAAAGUUGGUUUAAAAAUGCUGUAUUUUUAAAGCAUUUAAGAGAUGUUUUAUUCAUCAUGGAUUUUUCAAAGUAUCUUCUGGUAAAAUAAGAAAAUUUAUGACUAAAUAUUGGAAAGUGAGUGACAAAGUUCACUAAAAUGUGAUACUUCAACAUCAAAACCCAAAAAAUUGUGGGUUUGAAAAAUGCAGCUAAAGAAUCAAAUCUGUCCAAAACAUCUAAAUAAAAUGGCAUCAUGUACUA